AGAGAAUAGAAAACACAGCUAUGUUUCAGCAUGAUGGCUUCAUUAAGAACCAAGUCUCUCCUAAGCUUUACUGGUGCUCCUGGAAGUGCAGUGCAGUUCCUCCUUAGACGGAAUUUCUUCUGUAGUUUUGAUACCAUGUGAUUCCAGACUGAAAAAUAAGACAGGGAGAGUAGUUUAGAUCAGCAAUGUUUUGAUUAGAAAAUCAAUCAUGCUUCUUCCUAAGAGCAGCAUGGCCAGCAGGACCAGCGCAGUGACCGCCAAUGCUGAGGCCACACCUUGAGUGCUGUGUCCAGUUCUGGGCCCUCAUGACAAAAGGGACAUUGAGGGACUCCCUGACAUGGAGAAGCUCCCAGCUGCCAUGUCUGCUGCUGGAUACCGUAACUCUAGGCCAGAUCUCCCGCUUUAUAAAUAUGCUCCGGUGUUCCAGUGCACCACCGCCCUCGUGUGAAAACUACUGUGAGAAGAGUUCACAGACCAACGACACUAAAAGACAAUUUCUUCUAGAACGGCUACUGGAUGCAGUUAAACAGUGUCAAAUACGAUUUGGAGGAAGAAAGGAAAUUGCUUCAGACUCUGAUAGCAGAGUGACAUGUUUGUGUGCUCAGUUUGAAGCUGUGUUCCAGCAUGGCCUGAGGAGGAGCCGGGGAUUAGCACUCACAGCAGCAGCAAUCAAACAGGCAGCAGGUUUCUCCAGCAAAACUGAAACAGAGCCAGUGUUCUGGUAUUAUGUGAAAGAAGUGCUGAACAGACACGAGCUGCAGCGCUUCUACUCUCUGAAGGCCAUCACUACCGACAUUGGCAGAGGCCGGGCUUGGCUGCGCUGUGCUUUGAAUGAACAUUCCCUUGAAAGAUAUGUUCAUAUGCUGCUGGCAGAUAAGAAUCGCCUCAGUGUCUUCUAUGAAGACUGGUCUUUUAUGAUGGAUGAAGAACGUUCCAGUAUGAUCCCUACGAUGGCAGCUGGUCUGAACUCCAUUCUUUUUGCUAUCAACAUUGAUAAUAAGGAUUUAAAUGGGCAGAGCAAAGGCACACCCACUGUGUCAGAUUUGUUAAAGGAAUCCACACAAAAUGUAACUUCCUUGUUGAAAGAAUCCACUCAGGGUGUCAGCAGCCUCCUGCGGGAGAUCACUGCCUCAUCUGCAGUCUCGAUUCUCAUAAAACCUGACCAGGACUCUGACCCACUGCCUGUUCUGCCGAGGAACGUAAAUGCUGAUUUGAAAUACAAAAAAGAUCGAAAAAAGAAGAAGAGAGUGACAAAUAUUAUCUCAUUUGAUGAAGAAGAAGAUGAGCAAAACUUGGGGGAUGGCACAAAGACUCUGAUUACAGGAGAAAGUUCAGAGGAGAGUGUAGACAGAUCUUCAGUUCUUGCAUUGUCCUCAUCUGAAAGCACUCUUGGAAAAAAUCUGAAUGGGAGUGAGGGUAGCCAUUCGUGGAAGAACAAUUCAGUGUUUAUGAAUGGAGAGUAUGAAUACCAGAAACUGGAUGUGAAGAGCAUUGACGAUGAAGAUGCAGAUGAGGAUGAGCUGUAUGGAAAAUCAUUAGGAAACAAAAGCACAGGAGGUGGAACUGAAGCUUCUGAAAAGCCUCAUGAAAUAGUCACAUGCAAUUCCCAGCUAUGCAGUUGGAGUCCUCUGCAGGUCCUGAAUGAUGACUCAGAUGUUCUAUUUCCUGUCAGUGCUGUUGGCUCUUACUCCCAAACAGAUAACUUGGAGAAUGGAGAGGGGCAUGAACAUGCUGUUCAUCCGGUAGAACUGGUUCCAAGGAGAGCUGAUCUUCCUUACAGAGUGGAAGUCAGUCCUCCAGCUCAAGUGAAUACUUUAAGCAGUAUGUUGCCUUCAGCCACUGUGCCAGAAUCCAUGACAAUUAAUGAACUUCGUCAAGCUAUUGUGGCCAUGAUGAAUAGAAAGGAUGAACUGGAAGAGCAGAAUAGAUCCCUGCGAAAUCUGCUUGAUGCAGAGAUGGAGCAUUCUGCAGCACUGAGGCAGGAGAUGGAGAACUGCAGAAGGAAGGUGGCAGAGCAGGAAGAGCGACAUGCCACCAAAGUCCAAGCCUUGGCACGAGAAAAUGAGGUGCUGAAAGUGCAGCUUAAGAAGUACGUAGGAGCUGUCCAGAUGCUCAGAAGAGAAGGUCAAACAGUGGAAGUUCUGCCAAAUAUUUGGAACACUGAUGGUGAAUUUACAAUUCCAGAGCAAAAGCAAGUAGAAGACAAUGAGGAACUGGCCAGCUCUUACGAAAGGAAAUUGAUUGAGGUGGCUGAAAUGCAUGGGGAGCUGAUUGAAUUCAAUGAGAGGCUGCACCGUGCUCUGAUGGCCAAGGAAGCUCUGGUGUUCCAGAUGAGACAAGAACUAAUUGAUCUGAGAGGGCCAGUCCCUGGAGAUUUGAGCCAAACAUCUGAAGAUCAGAGCUUGUCAGAUUUUGAAAUAUCAAAUCGUGCUCUUAUUAAUGUUUGGAUUCCCUCAGUCUUUCUACGUGGAAAAGCUGCCAAUGCAUUCCAUGUUUAUCAGGUUUAUAUCAGGAUAAAGGAUGAUGAGUGGAAUGUCUAUCGACGGUAUGCGGAGUUCAGAAGCUUGCAUCAUAAAUUACAGAAUAAGUACCAGCAAGUCAGGACUUUCAACUUCCCACCAAAAAAGGCCAUUGGAAACAAGGAUGCAAAGUUUGUAGAAGAGCGACGCAAGCAGCUACAAAAUUACCUAAGGAAUGUAAUGAACAAAAUUAUUCAAACUGUGCCAGAAUUCACAGCCAAUCCCAAAAAAGAGACACUUAUUCAGCUGAUGCCCUUUUUUCUGACACAGCCCUGGGCAGCCUUGUGGGGAUCUCCAGCAACCUUGGUGCCUUCCAACCUCAAAUUGUCUGUGAAACUCGAGGAUAAUCUUAACUCGAGCUGCGUUUUACACCCACCCUGCACAAAGAAGUGUUGGCAAAACUCCAGCUGCUCCCACAGUGUUUGUUACCUGUGAGCAAAACAAAACAUGGGAAGCUUCUACAACAUGGAAGCUGCUGCACUUGGUAGCUCUGCUGAGCUAUUCAGUAGGAAUAGAGCCAUUUUGCUGGUUCUUUUGCAUUGGCAGUGCAAGUGUGGAUAAAAAUACAUGCAAGAAUGGUAUAAACACAAUUUGGUGAAUAUUUUCACAGGUUGCUGUGCUAAGUACUUUUUUAUCUCAUAUUGUAGGCCACAGGUACAUGCUACACUGGUUUCUAAAUAACAAUUUUAUGUUCUGCUGAGCUGCAAAGCUGGGCAUUUACUCCCUUGUGGGAGCUGCUCAAAUAGAUGCUUUAACAAAAGCAGGGAAUCUGCUCAGUAAAUCAUCAGCAGGUUCUGUUGUCUGCAGGAUGUCUUUGAACACCAAAGGAGUCAUCAGUUCUUCGUGAUGAUUAGAGGAUUGUAAUUUUCAAAAGCUAUGUUGUUUCCAUUACCCCUGGGUGACAUUACUGGCAACAUAUUUGAUAGCAGAAGUUGUGUUCUUAGGUGUUUUGUGUCAGUUGUCUUUGAGUCACCAAGUUAAAUUGUAGUAAAAAGAAAAUAAAAAUCUCUAUUCCUACCUCUUUCUCAUUUUGUAAAAUGCUUCCACCCUCUUAGAAGGUAAAGUUAUGAGAAAUGUGAUAGAGAGACUGAUAGGCAAAUUUCCUUGCCAACCAAUCAGCUACUCCUAAAAGAAUGUCAUCCUGGGAAUACUCCUCUCAGAUUUAUUUAGCACUAAACAGUGUUUAAUGCCAAGUAUCUGCUUUUGGUCUUGCAAAAAACAAAGUCAAAAUAUUGUGGAAGAAUAGAUGUUUGUCUUGAAAGAAUUGAAGGACUUUGGUUUGGACUUAGCAGUUUUCUCAUCUCUAUUUCAGUUGCACCUGUCAGUGUAUCAUUGAGAACACUUAAAUGUAUGAACAUUUAGAUGUAUGAGAGUUAAAAAGAACAUUAACUUCUCUACAAUACCAUUGCAAGUAUUAAAAUGUUGCUGCCAAGUAGAAAUAAAAUAAUUAUUUUAGGAAAGUUACUUUGAGGCACCUGUGAAUGUUGUAUUUCUGGGUUAAUUUUAAAGAAAUUGACAAUUGACCCUUUCAAAAUUAGUUUUGAGAUAUGUUAGAGAUUAAAACAUUUGCUCAGACUCAGUUAACUACAGAUUAAUGCAACAAUUAUAUUUCAUUCAAUAACUUCAUCCCCACAAGGGAUAGGUCAUGUACAGCAGAUGUGCCACAGUUUUAGUGUAAGGAAUGAACCUAUUUAAAGUAAGAUUUUUGAAUACACAGACAUGAAUAUAUUUGCAUGUGAAGAUAGAGGUACAACUGUUCUGCUGUUAUUGCAUCUUCAGAUAAACAAUAAGAUGAAAGGCAUACAAGCAAUCCCUGAAGUGCUGUCAAACAAUAUUGAAGCAAAGUAAGGAAGUUUUAAAUACAAUUUUGAAUCGGUUGAUUUCUCAACAAGUGAGUUGGCGAUGACAUGACACUUGUGAAGGUUAUCAGGGUGCAUAUCUGUGCCUUCUACUGGAAUGAAUGGCAGCACUCAGCUCAAGCACCCUACAGCAGGUUGGUGCUGGAUUGCUCCCCUGUGUUACAGCUGGGCACUGCAUGGCUUCAGUGCCUCCUCACCACUCCCAGCUGUGCUGUGUAACAGGAAUAAAUUCACUGGUACAAUGUAGUAAGCACUCUGGAAUAAAAUUUACAUGAACAAACUGGAAACAGCAUUUGCUUAAAUAUGGGACUUUUAAUUAGUAAAGCACCUUCUAAUGCCUGAAACAUGCUAAUGAAACUAAUUUAUUGCUGUGUUAAUUGAUUGAUCUAAUGUAGAGACAUUACACAAUAUUUAUCUUUCAGUUGAACUGUGUUGCCAAGCACUGAUGAAUGUUGAAGUAAAAAUAUCUUAGAUAUCUAAAGUUUGAUUAUCAUGUUCAGAUAAUGUAGGAAGUUUCAGUGCGAAAAGUGUGAUAUUCUUUUGAGGAAUUUUUGUUGAUGAUAGAAUUAAAAUACUUGAUUUUGAGUGGAUUGUUUUUAACAAACAUAGAGUUGUCUCACUGUUAUUCUUGGGUUCUGCAUUCCUCACUUUGUAACUGACAGUUUUGGUUUUAGUCUUUCAUAACCUAUGAUGCUUGACAUCAGACUUAAAAAAAGCAUCAUGCUUGUUUUGAUCUAAGUGAAAUGUGAAGAAGUAGGGCAAAAAUUGUUUGGUCAAAGUAUAUGAAAAUUCAAACUUCCAUCUCUCUCCUUUCUGCCAGAAUUGCUUGUUACAUUGUGUUUUGUGGUUUUGCACAUAUUGGUGUUGAAGAUGUGUAUUACAUGCCAUUUUUAAAUGUCUUAAAGUUUUCAUUUCCCUGCUCUGGGUAAUUAAGAGUGUUUAUGAAUGUUAGAGAGAAAAGAAGAAAGGAAAAAAUACAUCAGCAGGAAUAGAAACAGUGAUAAAGUGGGCAAGAAAAUGCAGGAAGAAAGAGACAUGGGAUGCUUGAUGUUAAAAGCAAGAGGGGUUGACUAUAGUAGGGAACUCUGGAUAAACACUGGUACUUUAGGCUUUCUAGAAGCAUUUGGCUUUAUACAGCUGGUUUUAUCCAAACAUAUGAAGAUGAUAUGAUUGAAGGUUUUCAUUUUACAGUGGGUCUAUCUGGGCUUUGACAGGUGACUUGUGAAAUAAUUAAAGCUUUGUAUAGGACAUGAAAAACUGACACACAUUCCCAUUGAUUAUUCAAGUCUGUCAGGGAGCAUUUAUUGCAAUUCUGCUGCUCCUUUGCACAGGGUGAAGAGCUGUUCUGCAUCCUCUCGUUUUGUUCAGACUGAAGGUUUGCAAAAUCAUUUCUUACCAGUGGUGUGUCUUUUUAAAUGGUCAGAAUAGGUUCUAAAAUCUCUGACCUGAGCUAGGGAAGGGUGCUUAUCACAGCAAUACCAUUAAUAGCAGUCACAGUCUUCAGACAGUUGCUGGAGAUGGAAAUAUAUUCCAAAUGCCCAUCAGCACUGAAGGUAUUUGCUGACUUCAGCUUGGUUCUGCUGUUAUUUUUACAGAAGUUAACAGUCAAGUAAUUGCUCACUGGAGUUUAAAUGACAUUUUUUGAUCAGGAAGAAUAUUUUGCAUAGUCCCUAAUGAUUUACAUGAGGCAUAUAAAAUAACCAACAAGAUAUGCCUUUUGUAUAAAAACACUGUAAUCCUUUACAUAUCAGAUAAAAAUGAAACAAGGUCCAAAUUUGGAGUCAGAAUAUAUGUUUUGAUAUAUUUAAAACUAUUUUUGUAGUUGCUGAUUUUCUUCUCAAUUGUUAAAGUAAAAAGGAUUAGAGAAUCUGUUUGGUUUUCUUAGUUCUUUAUUUCUCUCAGCUGCAUUUCUACAGGUUGUUUCUUUUCAGCAGCUGGUCUUAUUAAAUUUGCCAGCACUGCCCAAUGCAAAUAAGUUUUAUUCAGAUGAAAGAAUAUGUUUAUGUCUCUUGACUACAGUUUUAAGGCACCACUGAGUAAGAAGUGUUUGAAUAUUCAGAAGUACAAUUGGAAAGACUUUGUCCUGCAGGGAUGGGUAAUAGUGAAAGUAUUACAGAAACACUAAGCUCACCCUAAUGAAACACCUCAGUGUGGCAGUGUUCCAGGGCUUAGAUACCUCAAAGAAAAGGUGUUCUUCAUUUUUGUGUUGGUGUGAUGCUCAGUAAAGCUGGGGUGCCAUUCACCAACUCCAUAAUGCUGAAGGGGAUUAUGUAUUGUAUUUAUUGCCUUACCAUUAAAAAAAAAAAAUCAACUUCACUUUGAAAUAGUGUGACUUACACCAAUUACCAUCUCAAUAAAGUCAGUGAGGCUUGCUUUGCUGAAUUAAUUGCUAUGAAUUGUUCAACAGGCCUCACAAAUAGGUGUUUAUGAGCAUAUUUCCAUCAAUUAGAUUUUUAUCAUGCUUCUUUAUAUUCAGAGUGACCUUUACAGUGCUUGUGAGAAGAAUAAUUUAGUGCAUACUGUACAAGGAUUGAAUACUCUCCAGUCACCAUUGGAAACAUUUGAGGGCUUGUGAUCUUCACAGUCGCCUUGGAAUAAACUCUUGUUUAAUGCUGCCUGAGAAAAUAAGAAUUAUGUUUAAAAUUCCUGAAACAAAUGACAAAGAGGCUAUGUUAUGAUACUUCUUUUGCAUGUGUAGAAAAUAGAAAGCAAGUAGAUUGACAGCAACAGUUAUAAAGCACUUUGUGUGUUGCUAACUGGUGUAUAUUGGUUUUAUUUAUAAUCACAUUAUUUAUCAAGCUCUGGAACAAAUAGAGAUUAUGUUGGAAACAGCCAUGGUCAAUGUAAGAGCACACUUCAGUGCUGCACCAAAGGAGCUAGUCCUUAGCUAGGACAGGGUUUUUGAACUCUGGGGUUUGUGUCUCUAACACUCUGAACUUGUAGCAGUGCAAGAAGAGGUUAAGAUUUUGUGGAUAAAAGAACACACAGUUAAAGUUUUGUGUCAUUACAGCACUGGUCCUGUUUCCUUGGUUACAAGUCACAUGCACUCCCUUGUUAAAAAGUGAAUUUUUUAUGUAUUCAGGCAUUUCUGUACUGAGCAGGUGUUUCUGAAAUUGGUAGCAAAAAAUGGGCUCUAGAGCCAGGAAAGAAAGUUUCAAUUUGGAGGUUGGGCAUUCCUGUCAGCAUAUUUACUGCACACUCAUGUCUGGCAGGGAGUUGCCAAGGUGGAUUUGAUUAACUAAAUCAGAAACUGUUUCUAAUUUUAAACACACACAAAAAUCCUGCUUCUGUUUUGUCCAUACCUAACUCAUAAACAAUGGAUCCAAUAUUUUUUAAAGCUCCUUAUACUAUUUUUGGCAUAAGGAACUUUAAGAACAAAUUUUUGCAUCCAGGCUAUGAAAAGUGGAAUGUUAGAAAUGCUAAUAUAGUUAAGUGUGCAGGACUUCAAAGUUCUGUCCUCAUUCUUGAUAGCAUGAAAGCACUUUACUGUGGGAUAAGGUAUGGAACAAUCAGUUUACUUUUUUUUUUUGCUUUCAGCUAUGUUGACAGCCAUUUUGAGACCAUUUCUUUGUAGUGUGGUGUGGUUGUUUUAAGUGAGUAAAAUAAUAAAGAUGUUCUUGUCAGAUGAGCCAUAUGACAGCUGUACCUGACACUCAAAUAUAGAGUUGCUGUGCCUUUCUUGUAAGCACUGUGGUUUCUACCAAUAUUCUCACUUUAUUCCCUUCUGAUUAUCAGCACUGCUCAAUAUAUUGAAUUAAUGACAUACAGGAAUAGAAUUUAACCCAAGAAGAUGUCAUUAUCAUAACAUGUUAAAGUGCACAGCACAGUGUCAAGGUGGUAGUUUAAAUUAAUUUAACAGCAGUACAUAAAAACAGAAAAGUCCAGAUUGCAAGAGUCUGCACUUGUUCAUAAGAGUCAUUCUUUCAACUGGAGACACUUGUUCAUUAAGAACUUUCAAGUGAGGUUUUCAGCCUGGAGGAGUGUACUGAAAAUACUGGAAUUUUUCACAAAAUGUAUUUGGAAAGGUAGAGAGAACAAAAAUUUGUCAAAUACUCAAGUAGGAUAAGCUCACUGAGCUUGGGCAGUCCAGUGUCACACUGUGAUUGAGGUGUGGGUGGCUGAAAACCAGACUGAGUCAACAGGGACUUGAGGCCUAUAUUGUAUUAAAGGAAAUGUGAAAUGAGGGCAAACUGAACCAUCAAACAGGUGAAUCAAUUUUAAAGAGACAAUUAAAUGUUAUUAAUACAGGAGGGAAUUGUUUUAUGUGGGGAGCUGUGGGAAUGAUGAUUUCUGGACAACAGAGGUUUGACGCACCAAUGUAGAAUCAGCUUAGCACAGGAGUUUGUUGGGAGAAGAAUGGGGUAUGAACAGGAGCAAACAAUAGCUGGGUUUUAGUGGGUAACAGUGUUGUGCUGUCAGUGUGAAUUAUUAUAGAAAGAAAACUGGAGAAGGUAGGGAAUACAAGAAUAAAUGACUUGAAUAAGAGUAGAGGAAUGUUGUAAAAUGUAACAGGAGCAAGAGACUGAAUGAGACAGACUGGAUUGAUUGAAGAGAAUGCAAGUUAAAAUGAUGUGAAAAUGGUGGAAAAGAAUGUAAAAAAAGAGAGCACUUGCACAGGAUUUAUUUUCCUUUACUGCAUUUUAUGCACACAUAGAAGAAGCCAUUUCAUUAGAAGGGUAUUGGGAUUUUCUUUCAUUUUUUGAAAUGGCAGUGGUAGCUGAACUAGCAACCAAAGGUGUUCACCAUAGACACAGAAUUUUUAUUUAAACACUAUGUGGAAGGUAUUUUGUCUUCUGUAAACAAGGCUUUAAAAAAAUAUACAUGGGUGAUUCUGGUAUUUUUGAAUAUUCUUAUUGUGUAUAAAGAUUCAGCUCCAUGUAGCAUCUUGGGUUGAGAAGGUGUGGUGCAAUGAGCAUUCUGCAUUCAGCGUUACUCCUUGUACAGAGCAAUGUAAAUGCCUGGCAAGAGGAGAUCCCUCUGCUUUGGUUGUCUGACCAGCUUGGUGGUCAUUCAUUGGACCUGUUCUCUGUGUGCUGGGACAAAACUGCCUCUCAUCCUUUAAUCCUCAGCUCUGUAAGCUUCCAUUCUCUCCAUUUCAUACCCUGAAUAUACUUCUGUGAAGUGCUUUCAGCAUAAUUCAGGAUAAUUUUUUUUUUUUUUUUUAAGUACUGGAAACUUGGAAAAUGCACAAGCAAACAGCUUCUAUCUUCAACUUUAUUGUCUGCAUACUUUAAAAUCAAUUUUUGCUCAUGUAAACAUUUAGUAGAUUCUGAAGUAAUUUAUAUGUUUAUCCAUUCCAUUAAGCAGUAGAUGUACUCUACUCAUCCUGAAACCCUAGAAUCUGGAUUUCCUCAGUAGGAAACAAUUUCUUGUGCAGUUCUAAAACUCUGCUGUCACUGUUCAUUGGUAUCAGGAUACUGUUAGUGGACAUAUGAAAUUACAAAAUGUGCAUGUGUGGGGCAUAUGCAAAUACACACAAAACUAAAUCUAGGUGGCAAUUUUAAUAUUAAAAUGUAGAUAUUUGUGGCAUCAUCUGUGUCAGUUUACUGUGCUCAUUCUCCAGGCCUAGGGUGUGAACUCCACGGAAGGAUAAAGGGUGAGAUCCUUGUGCCUUGGAGAGCCAGCCCGGGGGGACAGGGGACCCUCCUGGGUGGGCUGUGCUUGGCUCGGAGCGCGUUGGCACCUUGGGCUCAUUGUGGUUUUGUCUUUGAGCUGUGCCUGCAGCUCAGUCUGUGCCAGACCAGCUCAGCCAGGCCUGCCCAGAGCCUCAAGUCUGCCUGGCAGCUCCACUUCCCACUUGUCCCACUUGUCUGUGUGAGAUUCAGUCUCCCUGAGGACUGGGGUGGUGCUCUGUUCUGCAGCUCUUGCUGGGUUUAUGGGCUCUUUGUGCUGUGUUUGUCUCCAGGAGCAAUGCCAAGGGGCUGUACCUAAAACCUGGAUUAAAAAAGUGCAUGUUUUAGUUCUCAUGCAAAAUAAUUAAUCAAGAGUUGCAAAGCACAACCAUGAAAACAGUCAAAUACAAACCAAUGCCUGUAAACCCGCUCUCCAUUACCUUCCCAGUCUGCACCUGAUUACUGACAACUGUAAAACACUGACACCAAAAUUUUCACCAAAGUUUGAGAGUUUGACAUCUCUACAGGAUUGAUAAAAGUUUUCUUACUAAGCACAUAGAACGUUUCUACUUGAAUAGCUAAGAAAUAUAACAGGGCAUUUUGUUUCUUCUUUCCUUCAAAUUAUAGUAAUUAUGAAAGAUUCAGACUUUUUUUUGUUGAUUAACUAAGUAUACUUAAUUUGUAAAGGAAGAAGCAUGUAGUUAUUUCUUUUUACUGUCUUUCCAAUUGUCUAGUUAUUUCUUUUUACUGUGUAAAUCAGUUUCUGGCAUGAUUGUCUGAGUAGAAUUCUUUUUUAAAAUUGCUUUAAUGAUAUACGUAAUAUAAUGAAAAAGAGUUUGAUUCUCUGUUAUCCUACUUUUUCUAUUAAAUGGGACUAGACAUGUCUGAACAGUU